AUGUACUCUUACGUCUGCCGGCCGCCCGGAGAGGGUUUCUGGCCUCGGUUGCAAACCCUCACCUACACCUACCUGCCCGCCCCUCUGCUGCUGCCACCCAUCCAGACCCACAACUUCUGCAGCCGGCCGGUGGGCCUGAGCACGGUGCCGCGAGAACUCCACUGCUUCCAUGGUACCGGCCCGGCCCUCGCCUUCUCCACGCCACCCUGGUGGGCCUUCCCGCCGCCGGGUGCCUCAGCCCCUGGCUCGUCGUUCCCCGCCUCCGGCUUGUCCGCGCCAUCCGGGCCUGCGCGCGAAACCGCGUGGCCCGAAGGCAGCAGUCUGCAGCUGCAGCUGCGCUGGGGCCGCGUGGAGCGCAUGCGGGGGCCGCCCCUACCGCUGCCGGACGCGGUGCGCCGCGACUUGCGGCGCGUCUACGGCACCUACCCACGCACCGACGUGCGCGUCACCCAGCGCGGCGGCCAGUUCUUGCUGCGGGCCGAGCCGCGCGUGGGCGAGCCCGAAUACAAGGUGGCCCGGCGCGUGGUGCGCAGGCCAGCCAGCGGCGAGGAUGGGGACAGCGGGGACCGCCCGGCCGCUCCGGAGGCGGUGCAGCGUAGCCGCCCGAAGAAAAAGCAAGGACCAAAAUGAGCGUCUCAGCGCGUCCUGGAGGUGCGCGCUCCCCAAGUCUGUAUUUGAUUUCCCUUGAGUUAUUGCUGGACCAGGCAGGGAGAGAAAGGUGCUCGGUCCAGAGGGUCUUGAAGUGAAAGCAGUGUCUGGAAUGCUGCUUCU